AUGUCGUCAAGCGAAGAGGAGCUCGAGCGCAACGUGUCCGAGGAGGAGGAGGCGUCCGAGGACGAGAUCCCAGAGGAGGAGGAAGAAGAGGAAGACGAGGAAGACGAGGAAGAGGACGAGACGCCGGUGAAGAAGCGCAAGGCCGUGGACCGGAAACCGCCCAAGCCGAAGAAACGCCGCAAGCCCGUGAACAAGUUCAUUGAGGAAGAGGCGGACGUCGAUGAGGACGAGGAAGAGGAGGAAGACGAGGAAGAAGACGACGACCUCUAUCGCUCCGAGCGCCAAAUGGCCGAAGAGGUCGAGGCGGGGCACCACUCGUACCGUUACGAGCCACAGGAUCGCACGCAGUUUGACGAGUCGGAGAGUGCAGAGGCGAUUGUCAAUCGCAUUAAAAAGCGCCAUCAACAGAGCCGGAAACAGUACGACGGCGACGAGGACGGCGGCGAGGUGGUCCAGAGUGAAGUGGCGCAGCAGUCGCUGCUGCCGUCGAUCCAGGACCCCCGGAUGUGGGUGUUCAAGUGCAAACCAGGUCACGAACAAAAUCUUGUCGUGGCGCUUAUGAAGAAGUUUAUUGAGUUUUCUCGCCGUGGCGAGCCACUCAUGAUCAAGUCGGUGGUGGCCUCGAACUCGAAAGGAUUUAUCUACGUUGAGGCAGAGCGCGAACCACACGCGAAGAAUUGUCUCACGGGGUUGCGGGAUGUGCAGCAAUGGUCGAUGAAGUUAGUGCCUAUUCAUGAGAUGACGUCCGUGCUGAACGUCCAAACGCGGAGAAAGCCGCUAGUUGCUGGCGCUUGGGCGCGAAUAAAGCGGGCAGGAAUGUACAAAGGAGACCUUUGCAAAAUUGUUGAAAUUCUAGACAACGGGUCGCGUGCUGUCGUGAAGAUGAUCCCGCGACUGGAUCCAAUCGUGCUAGCGGGAGGCGAGCAACCUAAGUACAAAAGAGGGCAACGCCCACCGCAAAAGCUGUUCCAUGCGAACAUGGUCCCCGGGGCGGACCUGGCCCGUCGUCGAUAUCCUUCGACAGGAGAGAUGAUGGACAGUUUUGACAACGAUUUCUAUCAAGACGGGUUUCUGAUUAAAGAAGUGAAUAUUGCUACCAUGCUGUCGACAGAAGACUUGAAUCCGACGCUGGAAGAUAUUAAUCGUUUCUCGUCCGUUGCAGAGGAAGAUGGCGAGCACACUACGAAAGAUAUGCUAGCCUCUGUGGAAGCUGAUGACUGGAAGAGUAAAGUGGAACUGACGAAGGGCGAUACGGUGCGUGUAAUCGAAGGUGACCUGAUCAACCUCAUGGGCGUCGUGCUGAGCACGAACUCAGCCAACGACACUGUCCGUGUCAUGCCACUCCACGAAGAAAUCAAGGACACCAUUUUGGACUUUCAACUUAAACAGCUUAUGAAGUAUGUGAAGGUUGGCGACCACAUUAAGGUGGUAUCUGGCAUGUAUUCAGGCGAGACUGGCACAGUCGUAGCAGUGGAUGAUAGCGAAGGUGCUCCCGUAGCUGUUGUGCUAGUGGACAGUAUGGCGCGUGAAAUUCAAGUGCGUGUACGCGACUUGCAGGAGUCGGCUGAGAUUAGUCAAGGACUCGAUUCCUACAAGGGGAAAGAGCUGUACGAUCUUGUUGCUCUUGCGCACGGUGAUGUGGGCAUGAUCACGCAUGUCGGGCGCGAGGGCUUUACAGUGCUGUGCCAGAAUGGUCAAUCCAGGACUAUUUCUGAUCAGGAGGUGCAGCGAAAGAUUGUAUCUUCGCGUGCUACGGCAGCGCUAGACAAGAAGCACAACCAUGUUAGUGUCGGCGAAAUGGUGAAUGUUGUGGAAGGACCAUUUUCGGGUCACAGUGGAACGGUAAAGCAUAUUUACCGGACCUAUCUUUUCAUUCACAACAAUCGCAUUGCGACGAACUCCGGCAUCUUUGUGGCACGUGCGCGUGGCGUUAUCCUGUCUGGAAGCAAGGCACGCUCCGACAUGAUUUCAAACUCAACGGUACCUCGAAUGGAUGCAGGUAUGCGCCAGCAAAACCAGCGUGGUGGAAGAAACCAGCGCGAAUCCGAGCUGAUCGGACAGACGGUGAAGGUGAAGAAGGGACGCUGGAAAGGCUACAUUGGUAUCGUGGUUGACGAAAGUGACCAAAAAGUCAAGGUUGAGAUUCACUGCAAAGCCAAAGUCGUGGACAUUGAUCGAUUGCAUAUUACGGUGGCCGGUACGCGUGAUGGCGGUGUGGUGGACAAACCUCGCUAUGCUGGAACUCCGAUGACUGGCGCCACGCCAUUGCCGUCGCAGACACCACUUCACGGUAGUGCCAUGACCCCUAUGGCAACGCCAUUGCAUCGUGGAAUGGGUACUCCGGAACCAUCGGGACGUGGUGGCGAGGCAUGGAACGUUGCAAACGAUGAUGCGCUGCUGGAGACGCAGAUGAAUCAGGAGAAGGAUAUUACUCACGCUACUAGUUUUGGCACUCCGUUGGAACCUAUGGCACCGACGAGUGAAGCUUCAAGCAGCCGGUACUCAAACCCAACAACGCUGUUGCCCCCUCGCUCUCCGUCUCGAGAUGGUAUGAUGCCUGUGACCCCAGCUGCAAAUGCUCCGAAUUCAGGAUUGAACCCGACGACACCCGGACUGCAGCCGCGGACGCCAGCGUACUUGAUGGGCCAGAACCCAACGACGCCAGGUCUGAACCCGACUACACCAGGCCUGAAUCCAACAACUCCCGCACAUUUGUCCGCUGCUACGCCUGGCAUGGGUCACGAACCGAUGGGAAUGGAACCGAUGACUCCAGGCUUCAACCCGGCGACACCUGGCUUAUCGGCUAUGACGCCUGGUCUCAAUCCGGUGACCCCUGGAAUGAACACUCCGGGCUACAACCACAAUCCUAUGACUCCAGGAUUUAGCGUGGGAACUCCCAUGGGUCGGAUGAACUCUGCCCUUACGCCUGCUGCGACGCCUGGCAUGUUGGGAGGUAACGGAAUGCCUAUGACACCUGUCUUCAACCAAGACGUAACUUCAUUAGCCGGCGGGUCCGCUGGUGGAGAUGUAACCUGGAAAGUGAAGGGCGUCGAGGUCGAGGUCAUUGCUGGUGAACACAAGGGCAGCGUUGGUGCCAUCACAAGCGCAAGCGGUGGUACGUGCUCCAUCGAUGUCGAUGGUCGCGUGAUAGCGGUGCCUUUCAACGAUGUGCGGCCGGUUGUGCCGGAAAAGCAAGACACUGUGAUCAUCCUGUCCGGCGACGAAGCAGGUAUGAAGGGCUCGCUAAUCGGUACCGAUGCUUCGGACGGUAUCGUCAAAGUUGACGGUGGCUCUGAGAUCAAAAUCUACGCGAUCGCAUUGCUGGCGAAGAUCGCGCAAUAA